UAACGGGACUGCAGCCAUAAGAAGUUUUAAGAGAUCCUUGUGUGGUUUAGGUAUAAGACUAAUAACCCCUUGCUUCAGAGAGGCAGGUAGUUCUCCCUUCUUUAUAGCCUCUUCAAGUAAAAAUUGUGCUAUUUCUUCAGAGGUUUUUUCUUCCCAAUAUGAUGAGAGACAUCCACAGCCAUACCCAUAUAUCCAUCGGGGAAGUCCGGUGCCACACGGUUACAGUUGUCUCUUACUAAGCGCUUCACAUUCUCAUCCUGGUCCUCCGGGACACCGUAAAGCCGUAGCCCCCCCACCUUCUCCAGUAUCGCUCUGCUUCCGAUAAGCGCUCUUGCAUGCCUGCGAUGGUCUUCUCCUGUGCAGUGCAUUUCUCAUAAGUAGCAGUGUUUGCAAGUUUAAGCUCUUCGAUACUCUUGUAUGCAUGAUUCAGAGAGGUCUCGAGGUCAACUAUUUUUUAUGUGUUUUCGCGUAUCAUUUUCUCCAGACCAUCGGCUCUUUCGUUUAUCUUUGCAGAGACAGCAUCGAUUAUGUUGACCUGUAGUUCGCGCAAAGACAAUUCUUUCUGUGUCUUUUUGGGUGUAGGACUAUUGACUGGAUUUUCAGAAUCAACCGAAUUUCCAGAAUCCUCCAUUUCUUCUCCCGAGGAGUCAGGUGGCGAUUUUUCUCCAAUGUAUGAGUGCUCAGCUAGCAACUGCAUUCUCCUCCCUUUGCUCUUUCGCACAUUUUUUUCUUCCAUUUAUCAAAGUUUCAGAUCAAAUUAGAGGUCAACUAAGCGUUGUUCUCUAUUGUGUUUACUAUAAGCCAAGUUCUGUUAACGUUUAUCCCUCUCAAACGUACUAAAAUGUAAGGUUACUCGGAGCAAGCUGAAAUCUCGUCUGCAGUCGCCGCCAUCUUCAGCACCCCCAGUCUCGCGAUGUUGCUACUCUGGGUUUGGAAACUCUGCUACACAUAGGACCAUAUGGCAUUCACAGGGUGCUUUGUACACCAAAAUGUCAGUCGGAACCGGUCCAGGCCCGCUCAAAGUCCCCCAAAUGGGGAACUUAACAUCUAAGAAAUAAAGUAAUGAAAAUUUAAUUGAAGAUGAAAUGAUUUGCCUCUAUCGUUUCUGUAUGCUUGUCUAUAUGUGAUCUUGCAAAGACGAGACAGACAUUUACAGUGACACAAUGCUGCGUUCGAAUGGUAGAAUGUUCAGAUACGUUUUUAUUUCCCGCCACCGGAGCUACACAUAAUGGUUGUCAUGGCAACGUUGUAUGGGAGUAGUGCAUGUCCACGAAGGACAGUGAAAAGGGAAAUAAAUCGUUGUCGGUGUAUUUACAUUUUUCCUAGCUAUCUCGUUAAAUUGUUUCUAAACUUUGCAUAUUGUGGAGGUGAACAAUCCAUUUAACCGGGAACGUGUACGAUAAGGGAUAAUGGCUGCACGAUUAUUCAUGCGGAUAGAAUGACCUGUUGCUUGUUAGUAUAGCUAUCUACUAUGUAGCUAAGUUAGCUAGCCAGUUAAAAAAAACUGUCGUGUUGCUAGCUAACCGUAUAGCUUAGCUAUGUCAGGCAACAGUCUUCCGCCUGUGCGAAAUCUACCCCACUGGUCCCGCGUUGGAUGUCUUGACAAGCCUUGCUUUCCACAACCACGUCCUUUCCCGUUUAACCACCUUGAACCGCUGUCGGAAUCACCCCGUGGGGACAGUGGGGGAGAGGUCUCAUCUCACUGGGACAUGGAUACUCGCGUUGCAUCGCUUCAGAGGAAUAUUCAGUUCCUGCAACUACAGCACAAGGACACUCUUCAGAAGUUACACGGUGAAAUAGAUGACCUCAGACGGGGAAAUAAAGAGCUGCAGUAUAAGCUGAUCAUGGAGCCUUCAAAGUCUUGCAGAAAAGGUAUUUCUUUAGGAUCAAGCCGCCGGAGCACAAGGCCACCGACACAGGGCAGUGAGGCCCAGACAGAGAGAGUGAUCUACCUGGAGCAACCUUUACAAGACACAUGCCCAUCUCAAGACCCAUGGCUCAGCAGUAUAGCGGGGGACGGUUGUGUGGCUCACGCCGACACUGAGACCACUGGAGUGGCAAAGCAAGAACACGAGUCAGAGUUGAGGGGAGGCCUCAUCACCUCUCUACAGCCACUCCGGAUCCAGAGCAGCCCAUCCCAUCCCCCCCGACCCCCCACCCUGCAGGAAUGUGAGGUUAUCAUACGGCAGCUCUACAAAGCCAACAACCUGCAGUCUCAGGAGAUUAUACGUGUGAAGGCUGUCCUCCGAGACAUUGUGUUCAACAAGAAAAUCACUCCUGAGAACUACAUCAUGACAAAGGCCUACCUUGCUGACAGCACCAGCAAGGCAGAGAAGUUUCCCCAACUAGCACUUCAACCACUUCCCAAGAGAAUGUCUGGGAACCAGGCAGGGGUGACAGAGAGGGUGAUCCUCCCAGCCCUCAAACAGCACCUGAGCUCCAGCAUCGCAGAGAGGCAGAAAAGGACCCAGGCUGUACAGAGGAGCAGGCUGAGGAGAACAGUGCAUUGAGAGGGACAAACAGUACAGCAGGCCAGCCAGCACCGCAGAACCAAAGCCUCUUUAAAUAAGAUCAGGACCGGCUCCUAUUAUGGCCAUUGAAGGACUUCAAUUACCACUGAAUGAAUGUUAACAGUACCUGUCAAAAGUUUGGACACCUACUAAUUCCAGGGUUUUUCUUUAUUUUUACUAUUUUCUACAUUCU